AUGUCUUGCCGCAGCGACAUUCCCGCAUCUGCCGUGUCUUCCACCAUUGCCACGAUUGAUUGCAAUGGCAAGUUGCUCCUGCACCAACGGUACGUGGGUUUUUCUCUAAUUUUGCGACAAUGUCGCAAUAUUUUUUCUCGCACCGAGUCGACUCAACUUUGGUUCCCGAGAAAUGCGAAAAUGUCGCGCCCGCUUUCUCCACACCAAUUUCCACCAAAAUUUUUCACUACUCCUCCACCACUGACCAUGGCCGAAAGUACUCCAGACCCGGUGAAAGAGGCCAAACUUAGAAUCCGCCUCCCGUCUUGCGUGGGCUCCAAAAUCGAGUUUGUUGAAUCUCACCACGCAUUAAGCGAAACCAUUGCCGAUGUGAAAGAAGCUUUAGCCGCUACUUCCGUCUUGAACAACUUGACAAACUAUGCUCUUGUGUAUGGCGAUGUCCGCAUCACCGACGAGUUCGACGACUUUUCUACUUUGGAAGAGGCUCUCGGCUCUUCUGGUGACAUUGACCUUCAAUUAGUUGAGGCUCCAUACACUUUGAAGAAAGUGCACGAGCACCUUCUCCGCUUCCGGGAAAAUGUUGGCUUGAACUUCUUUGACUUUGCUGCAAGGUCCCCAGGUGUCUUGGGUGGAUCCAAGUUGGGUUCGCUUGGCUUGCGUGACAUCGAAGCGACGAAGGACGAAAAGAAGGAGAACGAGGAUAAGACAACGAAAGAGAGUGAGCCAAAGACUGAGAACGAGACGAAGGCAAACAGUGAAGUCGCAAAGGACUCCAAAAAGCCAGGGAAAAAGGGAAAGAAGGCAAAAAAGCAAGAGACUUUGGAGCCUGAGCCAAAAGCUGAAGCUUCGAAGCCAGAAACUGAAACUGAUUCCGACGCUGCGCUUGCUACUGCCAUUUCUCAAACAGUCUCUUCUGUGCUUGACUUCUCUUGCGAUUUGGAGAAACAUGCCGACGCCGAAUCGGUGUUUUCUCUCUGGAAACUUCCUCUCAAAUCUUUUGCUUUGUCACCAUGGAAUCCAGUUCCUUCCUCUCAGCGUUUGAAGGGUGAUUUGUUGUACCUCACAUUGACCACUUUGGAAGGAGAAACAUUUUGCAUCACUUGUCACGCUUCGGGAUUCUUUGUUAACAGAAUUUCCAAUGCUAAUUUCAACCCUGUUCUCAAAACCAACGAGAAGGGAGUCUCACGUAAAGCUUAUGUGUUCUACGACUUGGUAUCGCAAUUGUCGCCUCUUUUCUCUCAGACCAUAGCCCAAAACAAGGAACGGUUAGCCACUGCGUCUCAGUUUUCUGAUUCGUAUUUGCUUCCCACCCAAAGCCCUGCUCUUCCUUGGUCUGUCUCUCAGGCACAAGUGGCGACACGGAAUGUUGCCGAUGCCUCUCGUGUUAUGGCGGAAAGUUUCUCUCAUGGUGUCGAUGGGGCCGAGCUUGCCAAAGAUUGGAAUGACGAAUUUCAAGGAAUCAAAGAGUUCCCACGGGAAUCGUUCAACGAGCGUUUGUUGCGUGAGAAAUUGCUCAGCAAGUACAUUCAAGAGUUCCGCCAAGUUGCCGUUGCCACUGCUGUUAGCAUUGUGGAAGGCAAUGUCGUUCCGCUCAAUCCUAAUGAGCCUCGUGACCGUCAUAUUUACUUGCGCAACAACAUCUUCUACUCUUUCGGCGUUAAUGCCACAGGUGCCCACGAUUCUACUGGUGGCGAUGAAGCUGCAAGAUACUGUGCAGCGAAAGAUGUAUCGGCAGUUCGUUUGUUGAACCGUGUGGACGCUCCAGGUGUUUCCAGCUUGCUUGCAUGUGUGGUGGACUACUUGGGUGAAAGAGUGGUUUGCCAAGCGCCUGUACCUGGCGUUUUCUCGGAACAAACCGAUGCCGAAGGAAAUGCCGUCGAUAAGGUGGUGUACGGUCUUUCUUUGGAGGCCAACGAGAUCCGGACCGAUGCAGAAUUUGCUGACGCUUUGAAGCCACUCGCAGAUGCCUUCCACUUGAAGCCACAUCGUGUGCAGUUGGAGUCUGGUGCCGACUCGGGCCAAGAUGUGGUCCUUUCAAAGGACACAAAGGGUCUCAAGGGCACAGAUGGACGUAAGUACGUGAUUGACUUGUACCGUACUACCCCACUUGAUGUUUCGUUUGUGGAAAAGCAUUGCACGAGCUCUGAAACUUCGUACCCUCAUCGCGAGGCUUCUGUGCGCCACGAGGCUGUUGAAGAGUGGUACAGAAGAAAGGCUGCGGCCAUUUUCAAAGUCGAAACUGAGCGCUUGGAGAAGGAAGGCAAGUUGGAAGGAAAGGAGCGCCCACAAGUGGCUCUUCAAUACGAUGAGCUUAAUCUCAACCCAGACGCAUUCACUGGUGUGAACGAAAGUGCAGACGACCAGAAAGCCGUGAGGGAAUUGUCUGAGUUUGUAUCACAACACUUGAUUCCAGAGUUCUUGAACGAUGUGGCACAAAACGCCGCUCCUUUUGAUGGUGCUCAGUUGUCGGACUACAUGCACCGUGGCGGUAUCAACAUGCGUUACCUUGGUACGAUCGCAACAGAAGCACAAAAGAAGGCCGAGACUCAUGCCCAGGAAAUCGCUGCGGCUAUAGAGGAGAAUGAGAAGAAGCGUCUUGAGAGCGAAAAGAAGCAGAAAGAGGCUGAAAAGGACUCUGAAAAGGACUCUGAAAAAGACUCUGACAAAGACUCUGAAAAAUCGUCUGACAAGACUGAACAGUCCGACUCUGAUAAGCCCGAGGAAGAGAAGCCCGAAGAAGAAAAGUCUGCUGCAACGUUGCUCCCUGUGGCUGCAAACAUGGCCGCCUUGCAACGUCUCUGUGUCCAAGAAAUGGUUGCCCGUGGUGUUAAGCAUGUCUUGCGCCGUCUUGGUUCCAGUGUUCCGCUUCUCUUGAAACCACAUUUCGUGGCUCACGUGCACAACUGCUUGUUGGGAUCUACUUCGACUGUUUCUAUUGACGAUGCUGUAUCGUCACUCGUUUUUAAGAAGGAGCUCGCUUUUAUCAAGUUGACCCCACAAGAGAUUGUUCUGUUGGUGGAGCGCGAGGUACUCGUUCGCUUUAGAUACACGUUGUCAUCCGGAUGGGAAAAGGAGAUCCACGCCUUGCCCUUGGUGAGAGAAAUCGCCCACAAAGUCGGAAUUCAGUGGAAGGCUCUGGCUUUGCGUUUCAACAAAGAAUCGGGCCACCGUGUACUUGUUGCUGAUGAUAUUGUCAGCUUCGUUCCAGUGGUCAAAGACUCUUCUUUCCGUUGUUCGUUUGUUGACGAGAUCUUCGAAACAGCCCGGGUGCAGAUUCGGGAUGGCGCAGAAGUUGGAUGGGCUCUUUUGGAGGAGCUCGCCUCAUUCUACCAGCAAAUUUACGGAACCGUGCACACUGAGACAGCUAGCUUCUACUCGAGCUUGGCUCAGAUCUACGCGGAAAACAACAUGUCUGUUGAAGCAGCAAUUGUCGCUCGCCGGGCAGUCAUUUUGUUCGAAAGACUCUGUGGUUGUGAUAGCUACGAGGCGAUCAACGCUUAUGUGAAGGCUUCGUUCUACGACAGUCUUAACAAGGAUCAUGAGUCGGCCUUCAAGUUGAACACACGUGCCUUCGAGGCUUGGAGCGUUGUCUACGGUCCAGAGCACCCCAACACGGUCAACACCUUGUCCAAUUUUGGUACUGUCUUGCAAGAAUUGAAACUGACUAGUGAGGCCCGUCGUUUCUUCGAAAGGGCCAUUGAGCUUUCGGAAAAAUUGAACGGCGAUUCGAGCGACAUCACCGCUAUCAUCCGUCAUCGUUUGGGUGUUUUGCUUGUUCAAGCCAGCGAGUUCCAAGCUGCAUUGGAACAAUUCCAGGCUGCUGGUGCGGUGUUCUCCAAGGUAGUGGGCCAUGAUGACGUUCUUUCGAAGGAAUGCCGUAACUUUGCUGGCAACAUUGCCAAGUACUUGGCAUACACGGAACAGCAAAAGAAAAUGGCUGCACAAGCCAAGCCUAAAGCCAAGCCUACCGUCAUAAAACCGGUGAAGGCCAAAAAGAACCAUACCCCAACACCCGACCCUGAAAUUGCAUCUAAGUCAGUGGACGAAAUCUUGCAGUUCAUCGAAGGUGGCCUGGGUAAGAAAAACAAGAAGAAAAAGUAA